GGUCCCGGCUUCUCGCAUGGCCUUUGGCGCGGGUCCGGCGGCCGCUUGCGGAAGCGGAAGUGCCUCGUCCUCCUUUUUCCGGGGACUGUCGCGGAGGCAGCAGCGGCCAAAAUGAAGUUCAACCCAUUUGUAACUUCAGACCGCAGCAAGAACCGCAAACGGCACUUCAAUGCCCCGUCCCACAUCCGGAGGAAAAUAAUGUCCUCCCCGCUGUCCAAGGAGCUGCGGCAGAAAUACAACGUGCGCUCCAUGCCCAUCCGCAAGGAUGACGAAGUCCAGGUUGUCCGGGGUCAUUACAAAGGGCAGCAGAUCGGCAAAGUGGUGCAGGUGUACAGGAAGAAGUACGUCAUCUACAUUGAGCGUGUGCAGCGUGAGAAGGCCAACGGCACCACUGUGCACGUGGGCAUCCAUCCCAGCAAGGUGGUGAUCACAAGGCUAAAACUGGACAAAGACCGCAAGAAGAUCUUGGAGCGUAAAGCAAAGUCUCGCCAGGUUGGCAAGGAGAAGGGCAAAUACAAGGAAGAAACAAUCGAAAAGAUGCAAGAGUAGAUGGCUUUCUAUUUGACACCAUUAAAGAACUGUUAAAAUUAAACGUA